AUAUGAUUGGUCAACUAUUCGGACGUUGCUGUUUUGGUAGUUGAAGAAAGUGAAAAAAGGCAAGAGAAAGAGAGAAAAAAACAGAGGCAAAGCAAAGAAAAUGCCGCGUUUUCUUUCAGUUGCUGCGGGAUUUUCGAUCUUGGUGGCAUUUUCGGCCAUGAUUUUGCCGGCGGCGGUGGUUGGGGGCGGUUUUCCAGCCACUCUGAAGCUGGAGAGAGCUUUUCCGACGAGUCACCGAAUCGAAUUGAGCAAACUCAGAGAGCGAGACAGGGUAAGGCACCGUCGAAUCUUGCAAUCUUCUACUUCUUCAGGUGUCGUCGAUUUCCCCGUCGCAGGCACCUACGAUCCCUACGUUGUUGGGCUUUAUUUUACCGAAGUUCAAUUGGGUUCUCCUCCAAAGGAUUUCUAUGUUCAGAUUGAUACUGGAAGUGAUGUCUUGUGGGUCAGUUGUUAUUCUUGCAAUGGUUGCCCCACAUCAAGCGGUCUCCAAAUUCCUCUUAACUUCUUCGAUCCUACAAGCUCUUCAACAGCUUCACUGAUUUCUUGUUCAGACCAAAGAUGCGCUCUAGGAGCUCAAUCUUCAGACUCUGGCUGUUCUAGUCAGAAUAAUCAGUGCGCUUACACAUUCCAAUACGGAGAUGGCAGUGGGACAUCAGGUUAUUACGUGUCAGAUGUGAUGCAUCUCGACACAAUUGUUGGGAAUUCAUUGACCACAAACUCUACAGCCCCUGUGGUCUUCGGAUGUAGCACAUCACAGACUGGGGAUUUGACAAAGGCAGAUAGAGCGGUUGAUGGGAUUUUUGGAUUUGGACAACAGGGAUUGUCUAUCAUCUCACAGCUUUUCUCACAGGGAGUAUCCCCAAAUGCCUUCUCUCAUUGCUUGAAGUCAAAUAAUGGUGGUGGUGGUAUAUUGGUUCUUGGUGAGAUUGUGGAGCCAAAUAUGGUUUAUAGUCCCCUCGUACCAUCACAGCCACACUAUAAUUUGGAUCUGCAAAGCAUUGCUGUCGAUGGGCAGACAUUGUCCAUAGAUCCAUCAGUGUUUACGACAUCAAAUAACCGAGGAACCAUAGUCGAUUCUGGAACAACUUUGGCAUACCUUGCAGAAGAAGCCUAUGGUCCUUUUGUUGGUGCUAUUACGACCGCUGUUUCACAAUCUGCACGCCCUUUUCUUUCCCAAGGAAUUCAGUGUUAUCUAAUCGCAUCCAGCAUCUCUAUGUUAUUUCCAACAGUUAGUUUAAACUUUGCUGGUGGUGCAUCCAUGAUUCUCAAACCCGAGGACUACCUUCUACAGCAAAAUUCUAUUGGUGGUGCUGCAGUGUGGUGCAUUGGAUUCCAGAAAAUUAAAGGCCAAGGGAUAACAAUUUUAGGAGACCUUGUACUGAAAGACAAGAUCGUAGUUUAUGAUCUGGCUGGCCAACGGAUCGGAUGGGCUAAUUAUGACUGUUCAUUAACUGUAAACGUCUCUGCAACAACAAGUACCGGUACAAGUGAAUUCGUCAACGCUGGACAGAUUGGUCAGAGCAGCUCACCACAAAACACACCUUGCAAAAUGAUACCAAUCAUCAUCACUGCUUUCCUCUUGCAUGUUUCAGCUUUUGGCGGUUUCUCAUUUUUGUAACAUUUAGUGCAAUAGAUCGAUUUUUUUUUUUUUUUGGGGGGGGUGGGGGGUGGUUGAUUUGUACAGGUCUUGCCCGAUCUUUUAUUUUUAGCAAUCGGCAAGGCUAUAUAUAUUAUUUAUUGGAUUGUGGCUUUUUUAUUUAUGGCUUAGUUUGAGCUGUUUUUAGAAUUUUUCUUGUUUUUUCAUCACCAGCUAUGUGGGGAUCUACCCUGUUCUUGGGUGAUCUGUUGUUAGUGUUUGUACAUUACAUUCAAUACAAAAUUAUUACAUUAUACAUUCACAAGAUCA